GGCGAGACAAAAAUUCUAAAGGGAAAGGGAAAGGAAAGGGAAGAGGAAAGAGAAAGCUUUGCAGAAACAAGAAUUCUUCAAAGAACUGGCCAUCCUUAAGGCGAAGGCACAGCCUUUCAAUUACCUCGGUACAAUCCAUCACUGAUAGCGAUACACUUGCUGGGGAACGAUGUGAGUCCACAACCGAGGAAAAUCAAAGAAACGUGGACGCAACAGUCAUUGGUCACGCUACUCCAAUUCUGGUGAACCAAAUGACUACCGAUAUUGAAACGACCAUGUCGAAUGCCAGUAUAAUUGUUGUGCAAUCCAUAACAGACGAGAGUCCCUCAGACGAUAGUAGGCCUAUUACCGGUAGCGAAUCAAACGCCUCGUUGUCACAUUCGACUGUCGUUAAACAAUCAACGAGCAAUCAAGAACUUGAAGAGCAAGAUAAUGAUAAAGUAUCAAAAUCCUCUCCUCCCCCGCCCUGUCCAUCACAGGACCAGGAAAGCCCUGCUCGAAACAGCCAUUUUCAGCUUCUUGAGUUUCUUAAGAUUCGUCUGGACAUGGCGGCCAAUAACAUGGAAAUAAACAGGUUACUAACUAAUGUAGACCGCGCAUUGGAUAGAGCAUCACGGUCUCGUAUACUGGGAUUCAAACGCAUGCAUGCUGCGGCAGAGUCAAGACGAGCUGCUCGGGAAAUUCAGGAGGAAACUGGUACUGAGGAAGAAGGGAGUGAGAACGACCACGGUGAUGAAGGUGAUGAAGGUUACGAAGAAGACAACGACAGAGAUGAAACCCCGUUUUCAUCUUCCACUCCCCCACCCAUUCCAAGAAUCUGCUGGCAGUAAGCUAUCAGUAAAUCACUUCUCCUAUAUUUGAACUUCACUGAACUGAAACUGUGUGCUAAAAUGUAGUAAGGUCGAAAAGAAUGCGGAUGGAAGUAAUGGAAGCUGAAUGAUAACAGGAAAACAGCUGUGAAGAACUUAUGCUUCCCGAGUUUGGUAACUACGACCUGCAUGGAAGAAAUGUAAGGGUAAACACAACGGUAACCUUUUAUUAUUUUGUAGUUCAAUCUCGAGGAGAUGGUGAGUUAACUUGGGUAUUUCUCCCUUUAAGUGAGAGCUUUACGAUCACUGGUUACUCUAGUGAAGAUCACAUUCACUAAUUCCCUUUUCAACGUAUGUCAACUGAAAUAAUGAAAUGCUAUUUUGAAUAUUGAAAUACAACUUAUAAGCACCCUCUGUAGCCUAGUGAUCAUCAUUAUCCUUUAAUUUUUGCAGAUAUCGAUGAUUGUGAUCCAACCAUAAAAAUCAGUGUAGUCAGAUUCGCAUGUGUAAGUGUUCGAAUAAAAAGGAUUUUGAAUCGAAGAAGGAUUGCUAUACAAAUCAAAUUCUACACAGGUCAGAUGAGUGACAUAGUUUGGCGCAAAGUUUAUAGCUAACUUCUCCCUCCCAACAAGUCCUUCCUAAUUUAAUGAUCGCUUAGAAUUAGACUAAUUUGAUCUUAAGUUAAACCUCGGCAGGCAAAAAUUUCGACUUCGUCGCAUGUUUUCAUAAUUUACUAGAUGGCCUCUUUUAUUUCUGUAGGGGUCGAUGAAGCGUGAUUUAUCCAUAAUGAACCUGCUCGGUAAGCGCAAGCCUUGCAGAAAUUUUACCCUGCCAGUAUGCAAUAGGGGGUUAGUUCGUAUGAAAAACGACGACUUAUAUUUGCUGCCAUAUCUAAAGACCACAUUAGUUUCGAUCUUCGAAAUGUAUAGGUAAACUUAAUUUAUUUUUCUCAUUAAUUCUUAGAGAGUUGUUAACUUAACGUUCGUAUUGUUCUCAUUAAGCCAGAACUUUUGCAUAGAUGAGUUCCACUGCACAAAUGUGUCAACACUCCUGGCCUAUACUAGUGUGAGUGCAAACAGGAUUUGAACUUUACAAAAGAAUGUGAUACUAUCUUGUGUUUUAACAACUGAAAAUGCAGAGUCCGCAGACAUUAUCUGUUCCAAGAUGUUAUCUCUUUCCGAGAGCCAAGCUCGAGGAGAACUAUGAGUUUGGAAGAACAGUUUGAAUGGGACUAUGAAAGAGAGCAGAACAACGCGUUCACCUAAGAAACAUGACGGAAAAAGGUACUGAACACAGUGCUUCGUGUGGUAAUUUUUCGGUGGCGCUUCAUUGAACAGAUGAUUUGAGAUAAAACUGAGGUCGAGGAGAAGACGGCAUCCGUGGAAAUACUUUCUGAUGUUGUACAGAGGUGGGGUAAUUCCAGACGAUAUCUUCAAAGAGUGGUGACUGCUGAGUCUCAAUUAUUUCAUGAUGCGAAAAGUUUGACAUUGUUAUAGGUCUAGAGAACUAAGUUGAUACCUAUUACAUGUAAAUCACAAUUGCAAAUAUUUCAGAGUUUGCUCGAUAGCUUGCUUUGUAAUUAUGAAUUUUCUCGUUCUUCAACAGUGAUAUUAAUUUGUCGAUAGUUCCUUCUUUAAAUACUGAGAUUCUCGAGAAACAUUAAAUGAGGUUAGUUUA